AUGAAGGCUUUCGUGACACAGUUGUUUGAAGACAACUUCUCUGCAAUGGAAAAGAGGCUACAGAAACAGAUGUCCGAGACAUUUGAGCAAAUGAAGUCGGACCUCAUUGCUUACCGAAAAGAAGCAAGCGUUGAAGUUGAGCAUGGAGGGCCUUCACCGUCCAAGGCAACAACGAGCCAACCACCGUUGAGGAGGUCCACACGAGGGAUGGUUUCGGUGUCUGUUUGUGUUAUUGUCUUAUAUGAUAUCGGCCUGGAUUUUGUUGUGUUUUAUAAGGAAGCAGUCGCGAGUCCAGUUAAAUUCAGUCAAGAUGAUGAUAUCUUUCGAGGGAUAGGUACUCAAGGCGUUGAAAAUCUUUCUCAGGCUUCGCAUGUGCCCGAAGUUGAUCCAUCUCAGACAGAUAAGGAAGAAGAUUGGUGGACUCCAAUGACUACAGCACGAGGUUCACGAGCUAAAGACAAGGCACCACCUCCGUCACAGUGGAAGAAAUGGUCUAAAGGAAAUGGCAAAGGACCUCAGCUUAGUGAUACACCAUUGCCACAAGAUGAUUCUCCUGAGUCGCAACUGUAUUAUUUCUCUGAAGAAUCAUGGGACAGAUUCACGCAAUGGUCUAUGAAUCCCAUACCUUUGCAAAUUGGUCCUACAAUCUUCAAUUCGACUGUAGCUACAAGGAUAAUAUGUGCUGGAAAAUGGCUUGGGAACGACGAAAUGGAUGCUUAUAUGUUUAUAUGGCGAGUUAACACAUCUUUGGGACGUUGGGGCCCAACCCGUGUUGUUUUCAUGUCCGCUAUUUUCAGCCUCCAACUCAACGCCGCAUACAAUGUGUUCCACCCUGACAAGAAAUCUUACCAAUUGCCUGAGUUUCUUCUUGGUUACGGGAGAGGAGAACUUCCAUCUCAUGGGCGGACUGAUCUAGUUUGGGGCGUUGAUAUUGAUCGUCUAUACUUUCCGUUGUUUGUGAACGGUAAUCACUGGAUUGCUGUCACCGUAAACAUCAUUGAAAGAAAAGUGGAAGCUUUUGAUUGCGGUGGGAGAAGGAAUAAGAAUAAGCAAUCCCUUGAGAAGUUUGCUCACAUGAUUCCUAGGAUAGUGAAGGCCGUUGCACCACCUGAUAGACAGAAGAAGCUACUCCUGUCACCAUAUACUAUUGUGGAAGUCCCUAUGAAGAAGAGAUUGAACAAGUCAUGUUGUGAUUGCGGUGUAUACGCACUCAAACACUUGGAGUGCCUACUGCUUGGUGUCGACGUCAGCUUAGUGGAUGACGAAAUCAUCCAGGGUUGCAGACAAAAGAUUGGUGUGGAAUUAUGGGAGGCUACCCAAGAUCCCAUUUUCGCUGAUGCUAUGACUCGAUAUGUGCCUUCACCAUGGGAGAGGUCUGAGGUCUUUGACCUUGAAGAAGACUGA